CCAUUGAAGUUUUAUUUCAAAUCAUCUUACAGUCAGACUUUGAAUGCAUAAUUAUUUAUUUUAAUGUUAUUAUAUACAGAUGCAUCAUUCCAAAUUUUCAUUUAGAAAAAUGAACAUCUGAAAUUCAGUUAGGUAAAGUAGGGAGAAGGAGCAGAGAUCAGUGGAGGAAGAAAUUAUUAUUUCAAAACGUUUGAUGUAUUCUGUUGCAAGAUAUUUGGCAUUUCCCCAUGGUUGUGGAUUCUGGGGAAUUGGAUUAUUUGGACAGGAAAUUUUUACUUCAGUUACUCAAUGGAUUCAUUCAUCAAACUUUGCUACUUCAAAGCAAGGGAAUGUUGUAAAUGUCUUUGAUCGCCAUACCAAGUUGCUGCAGAGAGAGAGAGCUGCCAGAAACCCAGAUGUUGCUGUUUUUGAUUAUCUGAAGGAAGAGGUUGGCUAUCGAUUGUCGGAUCGAAUUCUGGAUAUAAAACGUGAACUGAAGAUUGGUCUUGAUCUUGGGUGCGGUCGGGGCUAUGCCACCAAACAUAUUACAGAUGCUGAAUUAAAACAUCUCUAUAUGAGUGAUUUUUCUCCAUCCAUGUUGGAAUCAGCACAGACUCCAGAAAAUAUUGGAUUUACCAAAAUAUUAAUUGACGAAGAACAAAAAUUUCCAUUGGAAUCUAAAUUUUUAGAUCUUGUUAUUUCAAAUCUCAACCUUCACUGGGUGAAUAAUCUACCUGGAUGUCUAAAGGAAAUCUAUAGAGUGUUGAAAGAGGAUGGAGUAUUUUUAGCUUCAAUGUUUGGAGGAGAGACAUUAUAUGAACUUCGUUCAUCGUUGGUGCUAGCGGAAUUAGAAAGGGAAGGGGGUUUUUCACCCCAUAUAUCUCCAUUUACUGAGAUUCGCGAUAUUGGAGGUCUUCUAAAUCAGUGUGGCUUCACCAUGCUUACCAUUGAUGUUGAUGAAAUCAUAGUGGGCUACCCAUCAUUAUUUGAACUUAUGUGGGACCUGCAAGGAAUGGCAGAAAAUAAUGCUGGUGUAAGCCGGAAACCUCACCUGCAUCGUGACACACUGUUGGCAGCAAGUGCCAUUUAUCAAGAGAUGUAUGGAAAAAAUGAAGGGAUUCCAGCUACAUUCCAGAUUAUUUACAUGAUUGGCUGGAAACCUGACCCAAAGCAGAAAGUACAUCAAGCAGAGCGAGGCAGUGGUCAAAUCUCUCUUAAAGAUCUGGACAAGCUUGAUGAAAUGGUUCGUAAAGCUGGUAUGGAAGGGAGGAUCAAAUUUAUGAAGGAUGAAAUGGAAGACUUGGGUAAAGAUAAAUAAGACUAGAUCUGUGAUUAUAGUUGGAUUAGACAUAGUAUAUUCUAUCAAAAUUCUCAAUACUGGUGGAUUUUAGAAAGCAGUUUUAAUUCUUGCUAAGGAUGUGACAAAUUUAAUAUCAGUAUUGAAAUGUUUUUAUACAUUUUCACUAGUAUAAAAGCAAGUGUAAAGUUAUGAAUUGUCAAGCUAAUUUUUUUAAAAUUUUGAUUAUCAUCAGGAUAUGGUACUGUAUUUUAUUUUCAUUGAUUGGGCUAUUACCUGUAAUACAGUAGGACCUUUUAUCCAGAAAUUUAUUUGUUAAAAUUUCCCCUACCUACCCGAUUUACUUAAAAUGCACUUAUCGUCCAAAUGUGCACACUAGCCACUACAGUAGCCCUUAAUGUACCAUCAAACUUAUUAGCCAUAUAAGACAGUCUUGCUUCCAUAAAUGACAUAGCAUAAACCAGGUUUUUUUUUUUCAUUAUUGCAUUCAUGGGGGAAGUGCUAAAUCUGUUGGAGUCAAUUAGAUUUGAUCCAAGGAAAGGGAGGGUAGUUCCAAUUCUUUGGAUGAUGAACCUUUCACUAACACCGAGGUACCUUCCUUGAUUUUAUUUUUAAUCCAAGUUUCAUUAUUAAUUUUCUAUUUAAGCUGUUGCAUGAAUGGGAAAUUCACUAAUUCAGAUUGAUUUUUUUUUUAACCAAAAUACUGUGUAGCAUAACCUGCAAAGCUGCAACAAGAAGUUUUAGUUUUGUACAGUACCUGUAAUACUAUCCUAUGCUAUACCUGCAUCUUCAGACAGCGAUGGCCGCAAGGCCAAUUAAAAGGCUCAAUUACAAUGUAUUUACACAAAGCCACAUUUCCUAGAAAUAAACUUACCUAUGUACCAAAAUACUAUUAUUAUUAUUAUUCUUAUAUUUAAAAACAAGCGCUAAACCCCCAAAAAGUUUAAGCACAAUGUCAAAGCUUUGUCUUGUGCCUGCCUAACUCAACUUGUUAUUGUUGAUUGCUGAAAAUAGUACCUUGUAAUGAACAUCACAUUGGUACUGUUUUUAAAAGGCAUAUGUUAUAAAAGCUUGCAACUUCCUUGUAUGUAGUUUUGGUAAUUGUAUAUUUUUGUUGCAUAGUUAUUUUGUAUUGAAAUAUAAAAAAUAAUAUUGUUCAAA